AUGGUGGGUUUUCUAACAGUUACUGGAAAUGAGAAUUGUGUGGUUUUCACUGUGGAGGAAAUGAUGCCCCAUGUACAACACCUAAACGGAGCAGUCACCAAAAACCUUUUCUUAAAGGACAAAAAGAAGAAAAGCUUGUGGCUAGUCUCUGUGCGACACGACCGGCAGGUGAAUCUGAACGAUCUGGCUAAGAAGCUGGGUGUGGGCAGUGGGAACUUGCGUUUUGCUGAUGAGGCUGCCAUGCUGGAGAAGCUAAAGGUGGGUCAGGGAUGUGCCACUGCUCUCGCUCUCUUUUGCGACAAGGACCAGAGCAUUAAGUUCGUCCUGGAUAAUGAUCUGACCACCGGAGGCCACGAGAGAGUUUACUUUCACCCGAUGACCAACGCUGCCACCAUGGGAAUAAAACCAGACGAUUUGAUGAGGUUUCUGAAAGAGACAGGGCAUGAACCUAUACUAUACAGCUUUGAGUAAAUCUCAGCUAUGGCUAUAUAAUAUCAAACUGUAGGUCAAUAGGACAUCAUAAAACUGGAGUUGGCACCAGAGUACCAAUCUUUAUAAAAUGUAACAAUUCUGUUUUACAAACAUAUUGAAAGUACUAAACUGAAUAUGUACCACAAACCUCCAACUGACCCCAGGUAAAAAACUGGUAAAAUGCCACUAUUGACUUUUAAACCUGAAGGUUUCUGUGCAUUAGCCUCAAGUCUGUGAUCACUCAUUUAAAUACUUCAGCUGACCAUAGCUGAUUUUGGGCGCUACUCAGUAAUUCAUAACUCACAAUAGCUCACUGUUGUUAUUAGAAACUCAGAUCAAGUACAGAUCAAGUGAUCAUGAAUGCUGGAUUAAACUUACCUCUGGAAAUACUUUGUAAUAGCUUCAAAUACGUAAAAGCCACAACAGUGUUUGAUUCCACAAAUCUGUGGUGUAGAACUGGUACUGGUAUUGACGACCAAAAUUUUGAUAUUGUGACAAUUCUACUGCUUACUGGUUUAUGGUGCUGGAUGAACUAUUCUAAUAAAAUUUUUACAA